UCCUAUCUCUUCCAUACGAAAAUCUCCGCCUUAGUUUCUUUCUUCUUUCUUCUUCAUAACUUCCAUCUUUUAUCUUCAUCACCUCUCCCAUCUUCACCAUUCUUCAUUUUAUCACCUCUAAUCAUCAUUUCCAUUUUAUUGAUCUUCUUUAUUCAUCAUCUUUCAUCUUCAUCACCUUCCAUUUUCACUAUAUCUACUUGUGUCAUAUUUAAUCUUAUUUACUUCACCAUCACCGGAGUUGGAGUCGCCGGAAACAUAACCGGAGUUGGUGUCACCGGAAUUGUUGCCGUAAUUAUUGUUUGUUCCUUAGUAAAAUAUUGUCCGUGUCUUCCAAUAUUUUGACAAAAUUUGUUUUUCUGAGCUAAUUAAAUUGAAUAAAAUUGUAAGUGUCUGUUAACAUGCCUGCGCAAAAAUAAAUAAAAUGUAUACAAACAUUUUUUGUCUGCACACAAACAGCUAAUGUCUGUGUAUAGACAUUAGUUUCCGUGUAAAUCACAUUGAUUUGUGUGUGCUUUUGCAGAAAUGUCAGUGUUAGGUUGCAUGGAAACCAAUAUAUAUACAGACACUAGUUGUUUGUAUACAGACAAAAAAGUGUUUGUGCACAUAUUUUUUGUCUAUGUGCAGGCAUGUUUAUAGAAAUUUACAAUUUUUUCAAUUUAAUUUGUUUACAUAGACAAAUGUUGAUAAAAAGUGUCUAUACACUUUUCAUCUUUGUACACAGGCAUUAGUUUAUGUGCAUGCAACCUAACCUUGACUUGGUUUAUGUGCAUGAAAUCGUAACUCUGAGUUCUAUACAAUAUUUUGUCUAUGUACACACACACUGAAAGCAAACCAGUGUCUGUAUACACAUGCAUUUUUUGUUUGUGGUGAGAUUUUACAAAAUGUUACUUACUUUUCAACUUUUGCUCUGCAUAUAAGUUAUAUUAUUAUUCAACAUACACAGACAAUAUUUUAUAUAGCACACAAACAAAAAUUCCGACGACAUUCAUUUUUAAAUUUGCGGUGACUAUUCAUUUUUAAAUUUGCGGUGACUUUCAGUGCUCUUAAGCACAUUUUUUUGUGCACAUGCAAAAAUAAAAAUGAUGAUGGAAGAUGUUGGUGAAGAAAGGAGAAAAUGAUAGAUGAAAGAAGAAAGAGGAAACAAGAAAUAAAAAGUACAAAAGAAUAUGGAAUGGUUUAUGAUGGAGUAUAUGGGUCUGAGCCCCAGGACCCACAUACUCAGAACAGAAAGCAUAAGACACUGAGUGGUGCCCUCGUCGGCCAAGGGACCCCCGUCGGCCGGAAAGGUACCAACUCAGGAUAUGGUCCUGAAUCUAAGGAAAUCGGGUGCCCUCGUCGGCCGCGCCCUCGUCGGCCACGCUCUCGUCGGCCACAAAGACCUCACAGAACCGGAUUUUACACUUACUCAUUUGUACAGUCCAUUAGUGGCUUUGUAUUCGGCCCAGUAGCGGUCCAGUUGUAAAUGGGCCUCCCAAGCCCAAGGCUUGGGAGCCCAGCCCGUAUUUUCC